AUGGGGAAGGAAAAGACGCACAUAAACCUGGUGGUGAUCGGCCACGUGGACAGCGGGAAAAGCACCACCACGGGCCACCUGAUCUACAAACUCGGCGGCAUCGACAAAAGGACCAUCGAAAAGUUCGAAAAAGAGUCUUCCGAAAUGGGCAAGGCCUCCUUCAAGUACGCCUGGGUCCUCGACAAGCUCAAGGCCGAGCGCGAGCGCGGCAUCACCAUCGACAUCGCUCUCUGGCAGUUCGAGACUCCCGCCUUCCACUACACCGUCAUUGACGCGCCGGGCCACCGCGACUUCAUCAAAAACAUGAUUACCGGCACGUCUCAGGCGGACGUCGCGUUGCUCGUCGUGCCUGCGGACCAGGGCGGCUUCGAGGGCGCCUUCUCCAAGGAAGGGCAGACGCGGGAACACGCGCUGCUGGCGUUCACGCUGGGCGUGAAGCAGAUGAUCGUGGGGAUAAACAAAAUGGACGCGACUUCGCCGGAGAAGUACAGCGAGGCGCGGUUCAACGAAAUCCAAGCCGAAGUGUCGCGGUACCUGAAGACAGUGGGCUACAACCCGGAGAAAGUGCCGUUCGUGCCGAUCUCAGGCUUCGUGGGCGACAACAUGGUGGAGCGCAGCAGCAACAUGGGCUGGUACAAGGGCAAAACGCUGGUGGAGGCUUUGGACAGCGUGGAGCCCCCGAAGCGCCCCGUGGACAAGCCGCUGCGGCUGCCGCUGCAGGACGUGUACAAGAUCGGCGGGAUCGGCACGGUCCCCGUGGGGCGCGUGGAGACGGGCGUGCUGAAGCCAGGCAUGGUGGUGACCUUCGCGCCCUCGGGGCUGCAGACGGAGGUCAAGUCCGUGGAGAUGCACCACGCGCAGCUGGAGCAGGCCGUCCCCGGAGACAACGUGGGCUUCAACGUGAAAAACGUCUCCGUCAAGGACGUCAAGCGCGGCCACGUCGCCUCCGACUCCAAGAACGACCCCGCCAAGGCCGCCGCCAGCUUCCAGGCCCAGGUCAUCGUCCUGCACCACCCCGGCCAGAUCAACCCCGGCUACACGCCCGUCCUCGACUGCCACACUGCGCACAUCAGUUGCAAGUUCGCCGACCUCGAGAAGCGCCUCGACCGCCGCAGCGGCAAGGCUCUCGAGGACUCUCCCAAGUCCAUCAAGAGCGGCGACGCCGCCAUCGUCAGGAUGGAGCCCAGCAAGCCCAUGUGCGUCGAGGCUUUCAUCGAGUACCCGCCGCUCGGCCGCUUCGCCGUCCGCGACAUGAAGCAGACCAUUGCCGUCGGCGUCAUCAAGGCCGUCGAGAAGAAGGAGGCUGGCGGCAAGGUCACCAAGAGUGCGCAGAAGGCCGCCGCCAAGAAGUGA